AGGUUCAGGCUCAGCGUCCGGCAGCCGCGGGCUUAGUCCGGCUCGCAUCUUCCUACACCGCUGCGGCCGGAGUCUGCCGGGAGCGCAGCGGCGGGGCGGGAGCGGGGGCCGAGCCUGGAGACCCGCGGCCUCGGGCGACUUUACGCCCACUCGGAGUGGAUAGUGCUGUGAGGUGCCUCGCGGGCCGCCUCGGCUGGAUCUGCGGGUAACGGGCUGGGACUGCGUGUGCCCUCGGGAGGCGUCUGUGCGGGGCGUCCCGCCCAGCGUCAGCGGCUGGGAUCGUCUGGGUUGCCGGUUUCUCCCCGCCGUGGGAUGGGUUGGAUGAUGUAACUGGCUCUCCAGGACGCCCCACUUGGCUGUGACUUCAGGAAGGCCUUUUCAACCCAGUCUCAUUUCAGAGCCACUUCUAGAAGCUCCUUGAGAAAAAUGAUGUGACAGAUCCUAUCAGAAAGGAUAUUCGGAGCUUAACAUCAGCGAAGAAAGUGGCCCUUUUCCCUUUUGCAAAGUAGACCUUCUCCAACUCCAAAAUGCCAGCCAAGACCCCAAUUUACCUGAAAGCUGCCAAUAACAAGAAAGGAAAGAAAUUUAAACUGAGGGACAUCCUGUCCCCCGACAUGAUUAGUCCUCCUCUGGGAGACUUUCGCCACACCAUUCACAUCGGCAAAGAGGGCCAGCACGACGUCUUUGGAGAUAUUUCUUUCCUCCAGGGGAACUACGAGCUUUUGCCUGGAAACCAGGAGAAGGCCCGCAUGGGCCAGCUGCCCGGGCACGGCGAGUUCUUCCGGGCCAACAGCACGUCCGACUCCAUGUUCACAGAAACGCCCUCCCCGGUGCUCAAAAACGCCAUCUCCCUCCCGACCAUCGGAGGCUCCCAGGCGCUCAUGCUGCCCUUACUGUCACCGGUGACGUUUAAUUCCAAGCAGGAGUCCUUCGGGCCGGCCAAGCUGCCCCGGCUUAGCUGUGAGCCCGUCGUGGAGGAAAAGGCCCCGGAGAAGAGCAGUCUGUUGGAGAACGGGACAGGCCACCAGGGAGACGUGUCGUGGGGCUCCAGCGGGUCCGCGUCGCAGUCCAGCCAGGGCAGGGACAGCCACUCCUCCAGCCUCUCCGAACAGUACCCCGACUGGCCGGCCGAGGACAUGUAUGACCAGCCUGCCCCGUGCGAGCUCAUCAAAGACAAGACUAAAUCAGAGGAGUCCCUCUCCGAUCUCACGGGGUCCCUCCUCUCCCUGCAGCUCGAUCUGGGGCCCUCGUUUUUGGAUGAGGUGCUGAAUGUCAUGGAUAAAAAUAAGUAACAGACACCACCAGCUCUUGUCCUCGGGGGUAAAAGGUAUCAUCAAAAAAUAAGAACUAAACCAACCACAGUCAGAGAGAAGAGCUUCACUGGCUAUGUUUGCCACUGUGUGAUAGGUUUUCUAAAAAAUGUUCCUACAAAGUAUUUUUUGUACCUGUUAUGCCCUGUUUGCAAAAACAAAACAAUAACAACAAAAACUGUCCUGGCGAAAAGGAAGUGAGUCGGUCAGAACCCAUUUUUUUUCGGUGGGUAUUGCUGACGUUCAGCUCACGUUUUUUUGCUUCCAGACACGUUAAGAAAUCUGGCCCGGCCAAGAUUGGCACUAGCUCGAAGGGCUGCACAAGUCACAUUAAAGAACUUCACAGUACUCUAGCAUUUCCUGGGCAAGAAGAAGUCAAAGUUUAUUUAACACCUAAGCCUUUUUUCUAGACUCUUUUCUAUAUUACAUCAUUUGGGCUCGCCAUAGCAAAUUCUUCAGUGUUAACACUAUUCUCUGUUUUCACAUUUGAACAACUUUAUGGGUUUGGGGGAUUUUCUUGUAGCUCUUAUAUAUCCCUAUAUAUUAUAUCUAUAUCGCGAAAUUUUGACUGUCCGCUACAUGUUGGUAAGACACAAGCAAAGUAUUACUGUAACUAAGUUAUUUUUAAAGUUAAAAUAUAUUUUUAUGUGCCUUUGGCUUUUUAUUGCAGAGUCUACAUUUUAUAGGUAUCACAUCAAAUGUUGUCAUUUGACUUGUUUCCAUUUGGGGUCCCAUUGUAAGCUGUGUAUGUAUAUGUUUGGAAAAGUGUAUUCAUAUUUACCUUUAUCUCUUUUUCUUCAUCUGUUAAUCAUACUUUUCACAGCAACCAACAAUGGAUUGUAAAGUAUAAAGGCACAGGUUACUCAAGAUGCUUCUGCAGAGACUGUGGGCUACACCAUAUAAUGUUAUUUGGAAAUAUAGGUAUUUUAGUACAGUACAUACUUGCAUUACAUAGGUACUUCAUGCAACACAAUAAAGAGUAAAUGUUAAAAUGAAGUUGCUUGUUUAUAGUAAUAAAUAAAAACAUAAGAGAAUAAUAAUAUUUUCCUUAAGUCCAGGACCAGAAAAAUUGCUUCUCUGAAGUAUGUGUGAGCCUUUAAAAUAAGGUAUGAGGUGAUUUCCAUCCACUCUGCAAUUUUGAUUAUUUCCCAAAGCUUUGAGAUUCAAGAAACAGCACCCCUCAAUUUUAGGAGAAAUGAACAAGAUCAGAAUUUUUUUAAAAUAUUUUGGGGACAGUGUAAGUCGGGGAGGAGCAGAGAGAGUGGGACAGAGGAUCCAAGGCAGGCUCUGCACUGACAGGCUGACAGCAGCAAGUCUCGUGGGGGGCUCGAACUCACAAACCACGAGAUCAUGACCUGAGCUGAAGUCAGACGCUCAACCCACGGAGCCACCCAGGGGCCCCUCAGUAUUUUUUAGGUCAAUCGAUGCCAGCUUCUCAAAAUUCAUUUCUGUGUAUCUCUUACUUUAACACACUAUGGCAAACUCUUGUAACCCCAAUCCCAUCCUUGUUGGACAGAUGUUUCCUUGCUGCAGGUGCCAUAUAAACAAGAUUAAGGAGGCUAAAAAGAGGGCAGUAGAGAACACUCCUCUCUCUCCCCCCACCCCCACACCAAGGAGGAGAGAUGCCUGAGGAUGUCAGUUAAGGAACGGGAACAGGAAAUGUACACAGCGAUUCCUGCCCUGCUGUCAGCACCCUCCUCCCCCUUCAAAGUCAAACACUUGCACAUCAUAACUUUCAUUUCUCCUUGAACUGUAUCCUGAAAUGACUUCCUCUCUCAGACAUUUCAAUGAUUGUCCCACCUGGUUUGGAGCUGUUGCAGUUCUAUCAUCCGAUCAUCUAAAAUAACCUCUGACCUUCAGGUGAAACACGGGACAACUAACCACAUAGAAGAGGAAACCAGUUUCCUUGGAGCACCGAGUCCCUGCCCUAAUUUCCCAGCUGUAUUUCUAUCCCACGAUUGUCCAGUGUUCUUCUUCGGUUCAACCAGAACCUUUUAACGCUUUCCCUGUCUUAAUUAUUGGUCACAUUUAUUCUCAUGUUACUCUUCAUCUGCAGCAUGACCUCAAGGAAAAGGUUAAACUACUGGAUAAAAUGAUAAUGUUUGUGCAUUCCCUCUGCUACAGUAUUGUUUGCGAGAAUCUAAGCAAUGAUGCAUCCUUGCAGGUAUUUAACUAUUAUACUUUCUCUGGGUCUUUUCCCAUACAGUCUCCCAGUAGAUUAGGUAUAAUUGAGACGGUACAAAUAUGCCUCUAUAGGAGAGGAAACAGCUACAUCUGCCUUAUGGUUUGGUUAAGGCAUUUCUCCCUUGGUAGCCCUUCUGAUACCUGGUUCCUUCUCCAGGGAGCAGGUACAGAGCUGCUGGGGGCUUUCUGCACAAAGGCACUUUCCACUUGCUGAGAGCCGAAUUGAUGUUCUCGGUCUAUGAACAUUCUCCUGCUUUUAACCUUAUUUAUCAAGAUGCACUUUAUUUGCAGACUCAGAAUGGCAAGCAACCUGUGACCCAACAACCAGGAAAGAGACCAUGUAGCUUGUCUAAGUUGAGACCCUUCGUGUGGAGGCAAGGUUCUCGUAGGUAAUCUUUUCCCUGGGCGAUGAGACCUAACAAAGGACAUGGAUAUAUUACUUCUGCCUCAAAUUAUUUGCUUAAAAAAAAAAAUGGAAACAUCAGGGUACUUAGCUCUUUGCAAAUAUAAACAGACAAAAGGAAAAGUAUACAUUACAUGAUGGCUAUUCUCCUCCUAGUAUGAAGCCUGGUGAGACUGAAUCAUUUUACUGUGAAACCUAAAACAAGUCAACAUGAUGGUUUCUCUCCAAUAAGAAUUUCUCCUUUGGAAAUCGUUACCAACCUAGUCCCUGAUUUAGCAAUUCUAAUAAAUAAAAUCUUCAGACUUUAGAAUUCGCUUACCAGACUAAUAUGAAUGACUGACUAAAGUUUUUUUGGACAAGUCAAUAAGCCAUAUACAUAACUAGGUUAUUGGCUGCAACCGUGUGUCUCCACCCAUACUUUUGGGCUAGAUCCAGCAAGAUAAAAGAAAUUUCCAGAUGCUAAAUGAUAAACUAGGAUUGACUCAGAUGGGUAACCUUCUGGUUUAUUUAGCUGUAGGUACACUUGGGAAUGUCACAAUACUCAAAACUAUGUUCACACAUUAACUUAUGUGUGGUUAAGCAAUACAAUUAUUUUCUUUUUUUUUUUUCAAAAAAAUUUUUAAUGUUUUUAUUUAUUUUUGAGACAGAGAGAGACAGAGCAUGAGCAGAGGAGGGGCAGAGAGAGAGGGAGACACAGAAUCCGAAGCAGGCUCCAGGCUCUGAGCCGUCAGCACAGAGCCCGAUGCGGGGCUCCAACUCACAGACUGUGAGAUCAUGACCUGAGCUGAAGCCAGAUGCUCAACCGACUGAGCCACCCAGGCGCCCCUACAAUACAAUUAUUUUCUAAAGAAGAAGAUGAUCUCCCUGCUUGCUUGAUUGAUCGACAUGUUUGUUUCAUCUGAUGAUAUCUGGAAAGUUGCAUGCUUCAUUGGGAUAACACACCAUUUCAUCCAGCCAGUCUUCCAUCUGAGAAUGUUUAAUUCUUAACCUUAUUCUUAGAGCAAGUGAUUAUUCAGAAGUAGGCCUAACCAUUUCUUACUUGAGUUUCCAGGGAGUCAUCAUUCUGUGGUAAAAUGCUGCAAAGAAAGUCAUGUGGAAGAACCCUGCUUGUUCUGUGAAGAGAUGUAUAGCACAAUGAAGUCUAUUUUACUACAGUAGUCCUCCUUAUCCGUGGUUUUGCUCUCCAAAGUUUCAGUUACCCAUGGCCAUUGGGUCUGGAAGCAGAUUAUCCUCCUAAUGACCAAUCACCAGAAGGUCAAUAGUAGCCUAAUGCUUUGUCACGAUGUCUACUCACUUUACUUCAUCUUACUAUGCAGGCAUUUCAUCAACUCUCACAGGAAGGGGGAGUACAGUACAAUAAGCUAUUUUGAGAAACCAUUUACAUAAUUUAUUACAGUAUAUUAUUAUAAUGGUUCUAUUUUAUUGUUAAUCUUGCUGUGUCUAAUUUAGAAACAAAACUUUAGGGACGUAUGGGAAAACAGUAUAUAUAGUGUUUGGUACUAUCUGUGGUUUUAGGCAUCCACUGGGGGGACUGAAACAUAUCCCCUGUAGAUAAGAAGGGACUAUUGUACCAUGCUGCCUUUAAUUGUCUUUCAUUUUUACUUAAAAAAAAAAAAAAUCUGAUAGUGAAUUCACUUCCAUUGGCUUCCACGGGAGGUCAAUAAUCUUUGUCCUUUGAAGGUCGGCCAAAUUUCCCUCAUGGAAAGCAGAUUGACAUUAGUGAUAGAUACAUAAAAACAUCUGCCCAAAUCAAAACCACUUUGCCAAAUACAUUUAAUAUUCCAGAGUGUUCUUGUGCAGACAGAGAUGCCUGCCAUAUAUCAAAGUCAGGAAGGCUGAAUAGGUGAAGUGGGUAUUAUGCUUACCAUAAAACAAUUAUCCGAGUAAGUCAUAAGACAUAUGUGUGAUUCAUUGCCAAAAGAUGGUUGGGAAGAAUGAGUUCUGAGUUCUGGGGAGGGAAAGAUGUGGAUGGCUUUAUGGGAGAGGAGGAGAACCCAAAUGGAUUUUUUUCAGGAGAGGGGGAAUUCUCAGGAGGAAGAUCAUAAGCAAACAAAAGGAUGCACUAUAAGCUAUAAGGGUUUCUCCUCAAAACAGUCCAGGAACAGGGAUUGAACUAGAAAAUCCUCAGUUCCAGGCCUGAAAGAUUUGGGCCCAUGCCUGAGAAGGUUCUCCCAGGGGAGUAAGAAGACUUCGGAAUCUGGGUUGCUGAACAGGUGGCUCCCAGGGUUAGAAAUGUAUAUACAAUAAGCCACCAUCUUGAGAAAGCUCAUGUCCAGUUAACGGUGCCUGUGCUAUAACCUGAAAGCCAGACUGGGGACACUUCAACUGUGGGAUCAUUGGGUGUUCAGGGAAAGUCAUUUAUGCUGAUGGAAGAAGCAAGAGGGGCUAAGUAUCUCCUGAAACAGCACCAGAUGAAACAAGUUCUUAUUACAGUCCCUGGACUGAACUUACUUGGGCAGCUGUCCCACCACAGAACCUCCAGGUUGCUUCUUCAAACCCCCUCUCAACCAUCUUUUCCUGGCUGGGUUACAAUUUCUGAUUGAACAUCCCCAAGAUUAAGGGAUAAACCUCCUCAGGAAAUGGAGAGAGAA